UUCCACACCAUAGGCCCAGAGAUGUCAUGGGGGGCUGGGAAUAUAUACCUCCGCCCACACUGUCUUUGUUGUCGUUGGUACUGUGGCUUUUGGUGGUGUUGAAACGCAGAAGACAACCAUCUAGCCUGGUACCCCUUCGCAGCAGCAAAAGCACUUUAUGAGCGGAGGAGAGUGAAUCUGCGACGGCGAAGGGGAGCACGGACUCAAUCAUGGCUACCGAAACGACAUCGUCCUGCACUGGCUCCAAUUUACUGCAGCCCAUAAGCGAGAUAAUCAAUCUUCCGCUAGACCAGGUGAACUUUGUGGUGUGCCAGCUGUUUGCCCUGCUCACGGCCUUCUGGUUCCGCCUCUACCUCCACCCCAGUAAGACCAGUCCUUUCAUCAGGCAUGUGGUGGCUACACUACUUGGCUUCUACCUGGCCCUCUUCUGCUUUGGCUG